AUGAAACAAAAGCUGACCAUGGAGCAUGUGAAGGUUCUGGAACCAAGGCCUCAUCAUGUACAACAGGAAGUCUGCACCUCGCGUCCUAAGUACCGACAGGGACGUAAACUCACAGCUGUAAAGGCAUGGAGCCCAGAUGAAGCAUCUCCCAAUUACAGAAGAUUCACAAAUGCCAAACUUGAAUAUUGUCUGCGAGACCUUAGACUCAAAACCUCAACCCAAAAACCUCUCAAGGGAAAAUUCAAGAGGCUCAAUGCUACAAUCAGUACAGGCAAAGCCCUUGCUCUCUUUGGUUUGCCGGUCCCUCACGACUGA